UUUGGGUAAAUAUGUUAUCUUCUACAUCUUCUUCUUAGACCAAAGCAUUACUAGAUACUAACCAGAAUAACAAAGAUUGCCAUUUUUUCUCACCACACCAAGGUACGAAGUAUAUAUAAACUAUGGCUAGUCUAAGUAUGGCUCCCCAAUUAGCCUCAUUCUCUAAAACAAGCAAAACCGUGCGUAGAACUUCAGUUCCUACAAAUGGUGGGAUCAGAUGUGUGCAGAGACCAUUGGAGGAGAUAUACAGCAUAAAGGUGGAAAAGAACGUGUCUAAGGAACGGUUGGCUGAGCUUGGGGUGUCUAAAUGGUCAACUUGGAAGACGGGCAAGUGUAAUGUUCCUUGGGAUUGGCAUGUUGACCAAUUGGUUUACAUUGAAGAAGGAGAAGUGAGAGUGGUGCCAGAAGGCAGUGAGAGACAUAUGAGUUUUGUGGCUGGUGAUUUGGUGAGAUAUCCUAAAUGGUUUGAAGCUGACCUCUGGUUUAAUGGAUAUUAUCAAGAACGCUAUAGUUUCCGUGCGUAUGGUGAUGAUUAGGCUUCAUGUCAUGUACUAGUGGUGGUUUCUGUUGUGAAAUGUCCUCAUUUUGUUGCAGACCUUGUUGUAUUAGGUGUAUUGGCUAGUUAUGCUAUGUUAGUGUCAAA